GAUGGAUGUCCCCACCGUCCGGCAAGCGAGGGCGGGGUGCGGCGGCGGGCGAGCGAGGAACCACCUCUCGCCGGCAGAAGGACGUCGAUCUCCUCAAGACACACACCGUUGCUGGACCAAGUCACCAUGUCUCUGGAAGAGAAGUUUAACAAGGCAGCUGAGCAGGUCAAGAACCUGCAGCAGCAGCCAACUGACGACGAACUUAAGGAAAUCUAUUCCCUCUACAAGCAGGCAACAGUCGGAGAUAUUAACACAGAGAGGCCAGGCAUGUUGGACUUCAAAGGAAAGGCAAAGUGGGACGCCUGGAGCAGUAAGAAGGGCAUGGCCAAGGAGGCAGCCAUGGAGGCGUACGUGGCAAAGGCCGAACAGCUGAUUAGUACCUAUGGCCUUAAGGCAUAAACAUAUCAUAUUGUGUGUAACCAGUGGAUGUUUGCAUUACAUCUUAUUUUUUUUCUUUUUUCUUUUUCUCUUUCUCGAAAUGAUUUGUAAGUAAAUUGGUAUCAUUCGCCGCCUUUUCCUUUUUAUCAUUUCUGAUGCAGGUUCAUUUACAAAAGGAACAUGUUCUAAUACUCAGCAUGUCUUAGUGGAUUUGUAUUUUGAUACCAGUGAGAAUAAAAAGGCAGAUCUA